AUGAACACAGCUACGGGGAGUUAUCCAAUGGCUUCUCUUUACGUUGGCGACCUGCACCCCGACAUCACGGAGGCGAUGCUGUAUGAGAAGUUCAGCCCUGCGGGACCAGUGCUCUCCAUUCGGGUCUGCAGAGACAUGAUCACCCGCAGAUCUCUGGGAUAUGCAUAUGUCAACUUCUCCCAGCCUGCUGACGCUGAGAGGGCUCUGGACACAAUGAACUUUGAUGUUGUCAAAGGAAAACCGAUCAGAAUCAUGUGGUCCCAGAGAGACCCCUCCCUGAGGAAGUCUGGAGUGGGCAACGUGUUUAUCAAAAACCUCGACAAGUCUAUUGACAACAAAGCCCUGUAUGACACUUUCUCUGCUUUUGGGAACAUCCUUUCCUGCAAGGUGGUGUGUGAUGAGAACGGGUCCAAAGGUUAUGCUUUCGUUCACUUUGAGACACAAGACGCAGCUGACCGAGCCAUUGAGAAGAUGAAUGGCAUGCUUCUGAAUGACCGCAAGGUGUUUGUGGGACGUUUCAAAUCACGAAAAGAGCGAGAGGCUGAGCUUGGAGCCAAAGCCAAAGAGUUUACUAAUGUGUACAUCAAAAACUUUGGGGAUGACAUGGAGGAUGACAGACUGAAAGAGAUGUUUGAUAAAUACGGUAAAAUACUCAGUGUCAAAGUAAUGACCGAUCCAUCAGGCAAAUCCAGGGGCUUUGGCUUUGUCAGUUAUGAGAAACACGAGGAUGCCAACAAGGCUGUUGAAGAAAUGAAUGGCACUGAGUUCAAUGGCAAAACUGUGUUCGUGGGCCGCGCUCAGAAAAAGAUGGAGAGGCAAGCGGAGCUGAAGAGGAAAUUUGAGAUGCUGAAGCAAGAACGGAUCAGUCGCUAUCAGGGGGUUAAUCUUUACAUUAAAAACCUGGACGACACAAUAGAUGAUGAAAAACUCCGUAAAGAGUUUUCUCCUUUUGGAUCUAUUACAAGUGCUAAGGUCAUGCUCGAGGAGGGUCGCUCAAAAGGCUUUGGCUUUGUCUGCUUCUCCUCUCCGGAGGAAGCCACUAAAGCUGUGACAGAAAUGAAUGGGCGUAUAGUAGGUACUAAACCUCUGUAUGUGGCCCUGGCCCAGCGUAAAGAAGAGCGCAAAGCCCAUCUCACUAACCAGUACAUGCAGCGUAUUGCUGGAAUGAGGGUCAUGCCGGCGAACGCCAUCAUUAACCAGUUCCAGCCCACCAGUGGCUACUUCAUGCCUGCUGUGCCACAGGCCCAGAAUAGAACCACUUACUACGCACCCAAUCAGAUGGCUCAAAUGCGACCUAAUCCUCGGUGGCAGCAGCAGGGGGGUAGAGGUGGUUUCCAAGGCAUGCCAAACUCACUGCGUCAGCCUGGCCCCAGAGCUAACCUCCGGCACAUGAGUCCUGGAAAUAGUGGACAAGGCCCACGAGCCCCUGGCCAGGCAAUGGCUGCGCGGCCUUCGGUGGGUGGUCCGAGAGCAAUGCCUCCAUACAAGUAUGCCACUGGUGUCCGCAAUCCCAAUCCACAAGUGGUUCAGCCAAUUGCAUUGCAGCAGCCACAGCCUGCUGUCCAUGUCCAGGGCCAGGAGCCUCUCACCGCCUCCAUGCUCGCAGCUGCCCCCCCACAAGAGCAAAAGCAGAUGCUUGGGGAACGCCUGUUUCCACUGAUCCAGGGCAUGCACGCCAACCUGGCUGGAAAGAUCACUGGUAUGCUGUUGGAGAUUGACAAUUCUGAGCUGCUACAUAUGCUGGAGUCUCAUGAUUCUCUGCGGUCAAAGGUGGAAGAAGCUGUGGCAGUCCUGCAGGCACACCAGGCCAAGAAAGAUGCCACUCAGAAAGUUGGUUUGACAACCUCUGCUUCCACUCCCUCCUCCUAA